AUGGACCUUGAAAUGCUUUUCAAUGGAGUUGGCGAUGACUCAUCGGACGAGUCCAGGACUGGUUCACCUGUCCCCUCGUCUAUCGCCAAGCCAGACAACCUUUCCUUCGAUGAGGAUCGUUUUCCUUUCCCCAUAAACGAAUCAGACGACCCCUCUAUUCUCGAAACAGCCGACACUUCAGUGCUUUCAGCCGAUGUUCCCUCCGAAACGUCGGGUCAUACCUCCAUCGUGAGGAAACAAUCUGGUGAAUCCCUCCGUUCGAUCCUCAAAAGACCCAGGUUCAAUUCCAAACAGGUCGAACAGGUCGACCCUUCCAAGUUCGUCCGCGAAGACCAGCAUUUGAACAGGUUUGACGCGGACGAGUCCCUCCCUGCGUUCAGUGCUACGGAGCUCCCGCCGUCUUUUGCUGAGGGGAGCAUUGAGCCUCCUCAGACAAGUACACCGAGUACACACAAAAGUGUCAGAUUUGCCGGCAUACCAAUCGAUUGGACGCAAGAAGAACUGAAUUGGACACCUUCGACUUCCUGCGAGGAGCUAGACAGCGAUCUCUCGGACGAAGAUUCCAACCAACCCCCGCCUCGGCGUGCCUCUCCGCCCAAGCCGAAGCCGGCGUAUAAGCAGAGACGGGCUCCAUCUAGGAGAUUGACGAGCGUUAAGCAGGAGCUGAAACACUUGGAUCACAAACUCUGGGCAGGCCGUACUUUGUCGAAAUGGGACGUGGAAGACCUCUCGUAUUGGUUGAACAUCUACAAAGAGGUAAGAGGACAAAUCCUCAGCGCCCCUCAGGAGGAUCCAGAAGUUACGCCUACAAUCAGGGAACUGCAAGGACGCUACCAAGAUGUAUACGUAUGGCUCGAAGAAUUCCGGGAAAGAUGCCGAAACGCUGGACAUGACAUGGGUCUAAAUGACAAGGAAUUUCAGGGACUCAAACUCCUCGACUCAGAACUCGAAUGA